AUGGGUGCCAUAAUCUCUCUUCCUAUAACAAUGGCUAGCACAUUUGCAGCCUCCUGCCUUGGGGGAUGUUGUUCAAGCGCACUAUCGAAGACAGUCUCAUCCCUGGGUUCUUCCUCUCUAGGGACACGUUUGCUAUAUGCAGGAUGGCUACUAUUAAAUUCUCUAGUUUCUUGGGUAUCAAUGUCCGUGAAUAAGUCAUUUCUUUGGCCGGGAAAGACAUGCUCUGCGACAGGUGAAUGUGGGUACUUUACGGUCCAUAGAUUGAACUUUGCACUUGGGAUCCUACAUAUUAUAAUGGCAAUUAUCCUACUUGGUGUGAAAUCUACCAGAGAUAUACGGGCGACGUUACAGAAUUCAUGGUGGACAGUGAAGUUUAUACUGUAUUUGGCAUUCGUUAUAAUAUCGUUUACCAUUCCCAAUGAAUUUUACAUCGUUUUUUCUAAAUGGGUAUCUGUACCUAGCGGUGUGAUCUUUAUUUUAGUUGGGUUAAUUCUAUUGGUAGAUUUUGCCCAUGAGUGGGCUGAGACCUGCAUAUACCAUGUGGAGAUGGAAGAUGAAAGUUCUGCAUUCUGGGAGAAAUUUUUAGUUAUCGGUACUUCUGCUAUGUAUACUGCAUCGAUGGCAAUGACUGUACUAAUGUAUAUCCUAUUUUGUCAUUCACAGUGUAAUAUGAACCAAACUGCUGUAACCGUGAAUCUAAUAUUAACCGGUUUGACAAUAAUAUUAUCUGUUAAUCCAAAAAUCCAAGAAGCCAAUCCUAAGAGUGGAUUGGCACAGAGUAGUAUGGUUUCUGUUUAUUGUACCUACUUGACUUUGAGCGCAAUGGCUUCUGAACCUGAUGAUAAGAUGUGUAACCCAUUGGUUAGAUCUAGCGGUACAAGAAAAUUUAGUGUUAUUCUUGGAUCUUUAUUCACGUUUAUUGCGAUAGCAUAUACCACAACAAGGGCUGCUGCAAAUAGUGCAUUUCAAGGUACAUCUAAUAGUGGACCAAUUUACUUAAAUGAUGACAUGAACGAUGUAGGAAUUGGUGGACAAUCUAGAAAUCAGUUAAGAUAUGAAGCCAUUAAGCAAGCUGUUGAAGAAGGAUCCUUACCAGAGAGUGCCUUAUAUGAUACAACAUGGCUAGGAAAUACACCAACGAUGGACCGCAACACGGCAACUUCUACAGAAGGUACAGAAGGUACAGAAAAUGAUGACGAACUAACAGGAACUAAAUAUAAUUAUUCUUUGUUCCACAUAAUAUUUUUCCUUGCAACACAAUGGAUUGCAACUCUACUGACAGUAAAUGUAACACAAGAUGAUGUUGGUGAUUUUAUACCAGUAGGAAGAACCUAUUUCUAUUCUUGGGUCAAAAUCAUUGGAGCAUGGAUAUGCUACGGUUUAUAUGGCUGGACAGUUAUUGCGCCUGCCAUAAUGCCCGAUAGGUUUGAUUACGAUGAAUAUUAUUAA